UUUUUUUUUUUAUCUAAAUCAAAACAACAUUUAAACCAUUUCCUUCCCUGAAACCUCGUAGAAACUACUUUCUUUUUCUUCUCCUAACAGUAACAGGACUCUCUUUCCAUGGGUGUUUUCUCGAAUCUCCGAGGACCCAGAAUCGGAGCUACCCACGAUGAAUUGCCGGUAGCUAAUACCUCUUCUUCUUCUUCUACUCCCACUUUAUCUAUCAAGCGAAAGCUGUCGAGUUUGUUACCAAUCUGCGUGGCUCUAGUAGUCAUCGCCGAGAUCUGCUUUCUGGGUCGUCUCGACAAAGUCUCCUUAGUCAACACGUUGACCGAUUUCUUCGCCCAGUCUCCCCCGAGUAGACCCGACCAGAACAUCGAGUUGAUGUCGGAGAGCUGCGAGGAGUGGUUGACGAGACAAGACUCGGUGACUUUCUCUAGAGAUUUCAAGAAAGAUCCAAUCUUUGUCUACGGUGGUCAAAAGGACUUUCAAUCAUGUUCCAUAGACUGUACAUUUGGAGAUAGCUCAGGUAGAGCACCAGACGCUUCCUUUGGAUUAGGUAAUCAACCUGGAAGUCUUAGUAUACUCCGUUCCAUGGAAUCAGCUCAGUACUAUCCGGAGAACGAUAUCUCACAGGCACGACGGAGUGGUUAUGAUAUCGUGAUGACCACUAGUCUUUCAUCAGAUGUUCCUGUUGGGUAUUUUUCAUGGGCUGAAUAUGAUAUCAUGGCUCCGGUUCAGCCCAAGACCGAGAAGGCUAUAGCUGCUGCUUUUAUUUCCAACUGUGGUGCUCCGAAUUUUCGACUGAAAGCACUUGAAGCCCUGAUGAAGAGUAGCAUCAAGAUUGAUUCUUAUGGUGGUUGUCAUAGGAACCGUGAUGGAGAAGUUGACAAGGUUGAAGCUCUUAAGCGUUACAAGUUUAGUUUGGCUUUUGAGAACACUAACGAGGAGGAUUAUGUCACUGAGAAGUUCUUCCAGUCUCUAGUUGCUGGAUCUGUACCUGUGGUUGUUGGUGCUCCGAAUAUAGAUGAAUUUGCGCCAGCUUCAGAUUCAUUCCUUCACAUUAAGAGUAUGGAAGAUGUGGAGCCAGUUGCUAAGAAGAUGAAGUAUCUCGCUGCUAACCCUGCUGCUUAUAAUCAGACACUAAGAUGGAAGUAUGAGGGUCCUUCAGAUUCUUUCAAGGCACUUGUUGACAUGGCUGCUGUGCAUUCUUCCUGUCGUCUCUGCAUUUUCCUAGCCACAAGGAUCCAAGAACAAGAAGAGAAAAGUCCUAGUUUCAAGAAAGGACCUUGCAAGUGCACCAGGGGAGGAUCAGACACAGUUUAUCAUGUUUUUGUAAGAGAAAGAGGCCGCUUUGAGAUGGAAUCAAUCUUUCUGAGGGGUAAACAUCUGACUCUGGAAGCUCUGGAAUCUGCGGUUGUCGCCAAGUUCAAGUCUUUAAAACAUGAGCCGGUGUGGAAGAAGGAAAGGCCUCCAAUCUUAAAAGGAGACAACGAGCUUAGAGUACACAGGAUUUACCCGCUUGGCCUCACGCAGAGACAAGCUUUGUACAAGUUCAAAUUCGAGGGAAACUCGAGUCUAAGUACUCACAUUCAACACAACCCUUGUGCUAAAUUCGAGGUUGUCUUUGUGUAGUUUCAUUCCAAACACAUAACUGACUGAAACUGCUCCGCAGUCUUGAAAGUUCAAUAGAGAUUACAAAGCAGGCAGUAAUGAAGACAAAUUCAGCA